AAGAAGACGAAGGGGACGAAGUGCAUUCCGUGCGCGCGCCCAAGGAAUUCGUCCGCGAUGGCCGCCCUGCUGCUUCUGUUCCCGUCGCUGCUGCUUGCGGCGCCCGCCGCCGGUCAACUGCGCCGUAUGGAGGUCAUCCCGGACCCGCCUCCAUUCGUGCCGGAGGCUCCGCCGAUGCUCCUGAGCAUGGUCGACAUGAUGGAGCGCGUGAUGAACGAGCUCGUGCCUCAGCCUAUCGUGCCGAUGGUCGCCGGGCCGGUCCCCGGUCCUGUGGUGCCCGGUCCCAUGAUCCCCGGUCCAGUGGUCGACGGCGCUGAGGCAGCCAGCAACGAGAGCCGCAACGAGUCCGCCGAUUCGCCGCGAGUCGACGUGGCCAUCGACAUCAAGCUGGUGCCGCUGGGUGCGCCGGGUUCCUCUAUGGGCGGCAUCAUCCUGCCGCUCCCGCGAUUUGUCGAGGAGCCCGGCCCGUCCGCCUCCAAACGAGAGGGCACGCUGAGAAAGAGGAAGAAUGGGACGACAUCUUCGGCCGUACCCGUUGACCCCGGACACAAAAAGGUGGCUGUCCUCGAGGUGACCAGAACGAACAGCUCCCGGCCCGUGCUACAACCCGUCGGCCACAGCGAGGUCAAGACGAAGAAGGAACACGAGAGCAGACCGUCUCCUUCCUCGCCUGCUAGCUCAGCAGCUCCUGAGCUUCCGUCUCCAUCAAAACCGGUGCUACGCGUACGGUCGGCGGCACAGUCCGCCGAACAGCAGCUGCAAGGCGAGGGCGCGCUGGCGGCGGUCGGCCUGCCGAAUUCUUCAGUGGCGUCCAGCCGGAGGUCGCCGAACGUCGCUAAGGUCUCGUCGGCAGCCGGUGGAGUGGCGACAGCUGGCACCAACAAGACGGACCCGACAUCCUCGUCCACGGAGACCGGGAUAGCGGCUGCCUGCUACGGCCUCUUCCUGCGUCACGGCCUGCUGCUUCUGGUGCUGGCCAUCGUGUGCGGCAUCUCGUGCCUCCUGGGGGCGCUGCUGCCCAUCUUCUGCAGGCGUCGACGAGCACAGGUGUCCCAGUACCCACCCAAGCGACGGUUCGUCCCAGCGAGGAUCUUCGCAGACCCGCAGAUGAUGCGCAUGUUCCGCCGGCGAGAGCACAUGGUGGCAUGAAACGAUCGACGCGCUGCUUCGACGCCUGCCCCUCUGUCUUCCCUUCUUUCUUUCUUUCUUUCUUUCUUUCUUUCUUUCUUUCUUUCUUUCUUUCUUUCUUGCUUUCUUUCUUUCUUUCUUGCUUUCUCCCUCGCUCUCUCUCUCUUUUUUUUCUUUUUGUGCCGCUGCCUCCGUGAUGUGGUGGCAUUUUCCUCACAUGGCUUUUUUUCAUUCUUUUUUUUUCUCUCUCAAGCCAUCGUAAGGCGUUUUAUUGCCCAGAAACAGCAGGCGGGAUCAAUAAAUUGCAUGGUCGUGUUGAA